AUGACAACCAUACCUGCCUGCGUGGGUGAUAGUGUGGGGUUUCUGCCAAGCGAUAUCAUUGUCUAUGGUCGUAGUAUUGGGACAGGUGCUGCCCUGUCGUUAGUGUCCACUUUGGCUGAGACCUGCCACAGCGCACCCGCAGGCGUGCUAUUACUUAGUCCCUUCACAUCUCUGGUCAAGAUGGUGUACGACUUUGUAG